AUGUCAUAUCAUGAAUGUGAUGAAAACUUACUGCCAUUACCAUGUAUCAACGACAAUGAACAAGAAUCGGAUAGUUCAGCAGAAAGUGACCAAUUGGAAAUCGUUUCUGAUGCCGAAGAUAGUGAAAAUUUACUUGUUCGUUUAAAUAAUUAUUUAAAUUUGGAUUCUGCUGAUGAUACUGGACUUAGUUCUGAUGAAGACCAUAAACAAAAUAUUAAGAAGUUCAUUGAUGAAGAUGAACAUGAAAAAGAUGACGAUUCUGAUAAUCCAAUCGUUUCUAAUAUAACUUCUUCAAUAACACCACAUGGAAAUCCAAUUUCUAAUAUCGUUCACUCGCAACAAUCAUCAUCAAAAACCAUUGGCGAGUUUGGUAGUAGCAAACGAAAACGUAGACAAUGGUCUAUUAAAGAAAAAUUAUUUGCAUUAAAUGUUCUUGGAAAAAAUGUAGGCAACAAACAGCUUACUGCUCAUCAAUAUAAAAAAUGCAAACGUUUAAGUGGCGGUGGUUCAAAAAUAAAAUAUAUUGACCUCGAUCAUCAAUUAGUAUUAUGGUUUCGUGAAAAGCGCACAUUUAUCAAUCCACAAUCCAUUGUUACAACUGGUACAACAACGACGACGACAAUACGACGUGAAAAAGUAGCAUUUCGUCAAUUACAACGUCAAGGCAGGUUCUUAAGUAUAGAAUUACAACAUGCUUAUGCAAGUACAAAAUGGUUUGCAAGGUUUAUGCGUCGUCAUCGUUUAUCUCUUCAAAAACCGAAGAGACAUAAAAAAAUUCCAUUAUCCGAUGUAUAUCCACUUGUUAACAGAUUCUAUGACCAUAUUCGUCGAGCAAGUCUAUGGACACCAAGUUGUGGUCCCAUGGGAGAAUUUCUUUCCGAAGGUAGUACAAAACUAGGUCCAACUUCAAUUAGUCUUGGUGAAAUUGAACAAUGGUGUCUAGAAUCAAGUCAAUCAAUUCCAGAAUCAGAUGAUACUCCUUUUGUUGCAUCAUAUCAAAUUAUUUAUGAUGAUGUUCUCAUUGUUGGUACAACUGAUCUUGAUCGACACUUUCAUUUAUUUAGCAUGGCUAUUUGUUCUAAUGAAGCAACACAGGAUUUCAGAUUUAUAUUUCGUGCUUUACAAGAUGGUUUACAUAAGUUAAAUUUUGAAGAAAUUAAUCCAGAUUUUUUAAUCACUGAUAGUGCUGAUGCCAUACGUAAUGCUUUUCAAGAUGUUUUUGGAGAAAAACCAGUGGUAAUGUGUUAG